AUGGCGUCCUCACGGAAACGCGCCAGGCCCGACGUCGAGGAAAGCCAGGCAGAAUGUCCCUUCGUCGUGACACACCCGGAUCCAAACGAGAAGGACAAGAAAGCAAAGCGCAGACGACAAGAGUCGGUCGACAGUCAACAACAGUCGCAGCCCCCCAAGAUCCUCCUCCAGGCGUCUCCCUUUUCGCCUUUGGGCAAGUUCAAGGAUGCCAACAAUACCAUGGACCGCCAUUACCAGGUCCAGCCAUACCGCAGGUGGAUGGAGAUGACCCGCUACAACAGCUUUGUUUUAAACGGUGUCAAGUAUUGGAGCGAGGGUUUCAUAUUUGUCGCCAACAACUCCACCAUCGAGCGCCAGAAGAACCCCGGCGAACCUGUACAACCUAGGAAGAAGUCAGACGACGACUGGGUAGCAAGGAUUUUGGAGAUCCGCGCGAGCGAUGAGCACCACGUGUACGCCCGGGUGUAUUGGAUGUAUUGGCCAGACGAAUUGCCGCCCGGGUCACAAGAUGGGAAGAGAUUUGUCCAGGGCAGACAGUCAUACCAUGGCCAGAAUGAGUUGAUCGCGUCCAACCACAUGGACGUUAUCAAUGUCGUCAGUGUCACUGCCUCCGCCACAGUGAACCAAUGGGACGAGACGAAUGAAGAGGAAGUUCAACAAGCGCUGUAUUGGCGCCAGGCUUUUGAUGUCCGUAGCAUGGAGCUCUCGUCUGCUGAGCUGCGGUGCAAAUGCAACCGCCCCGAGAACCCCGAUAAGCGGCUGAUAGGUUGCACGAACGACGAAUGCAAGAGAUGGAUGCACGACGAUUGCUUGAUCCACGACGCGCUCCUGAAGACGCACGCACGCCUAGGUACCGACAAACCCCAUAAGCCAGCAGUGCCGGUGAAAAACGAGGAGGACGGCGAGGGCGCCAAAAGACCACUCAGUCCAAGCGAAACCGGGGCGGCCCAGACUGCUCAACAAUCGAUCGACGUGAAGCCAGAGGACCAACAGACCAUCAAGCUUGCCGACGUCGAGAACGCGCUUCCCAAGGUCAAACCCGAAGACACUUCGAACGCCUCGGUCAUCUCUGCCUCGGAGCCGAAACGAAGAGGUCGCCCUCGCAAGUCAGAGCCGAAUGACCCUGGUACUGCGAGACCAUACGAGGGCCUAUUCGAGGCCGUCAUCAAAAAUGACCUCAACCCCCCUACCAUUGAGAUCACAGACCUCCGAGAGAACAUCACCGGGGGCGAGAAGACGUGGACAGAACCUGUCCACUGUCUGCUAUGUGGUCAGGAGGUUCACUGA